UUACUGCACAAGAAGCGUGCAGAACCUUGUAAUAACUUGUGAAAGCAUUUCUUUCUUGUAAGAAAUCGAUGAUCUUUCCGAGCCAUGGUAUUUGACCAAAGAAGGGAAGCAAAUUGGGAUUUGACAAAAUCUUAACUCUUUUAAUUUGGCAGCAUAAAGCAAGUUUGAGAAAAGAAGAUCAUUCCUUUCUUUACAUGGUCUACUGAAAGGUUGUGGAAUCAAUCUAGAAAGGAAUAACACAAUGCCACAGUUAAAAGAAAGAAAUCAAAUUCCUUCUUCAUGUACAAGUAGUUCCAUUAAUUAACAAUCAUAAAACAAACACAUAAUAGUACAGUCAAUUAGCCUAAGCUAACAUGAUGAUCUUCGAUGGAUGUUUCAUCACAAAAUUCGGACUAUUUAUGUUUCCGAAAACUCUGCCGUGCAUGUUCUUUCAAAAGAUCAUGCUUCUUUCUCCUCCUCUAUUUUCUCUUAGCAGUUGUUUUUCUUGGUGUGAUUGUAUUGGUUGUAAUCUUCCACUUAAAGCCCCAGAAGCCAGUUUUUUCCCUUCAAAAUUUAAGCUUGGAUUCGUAUAAGCUCAACGCCUAUUCGGGUUCAACCCUGUUUCUUUCAUCUGUAAUCACAUUAUCCCUGAAUGCUACAAAUCCUAACAAGUUUGGAAUCUGGUAUAGCCCUUCACGUCUUGAAACUCUGAGUCUUCAUGAUGGACUGCCUAUUGGAACCAUUCGGAUUCCCGGUUUCCUUCAGCCUGCUCACAGCAGCAAUGUGAGUUUCGAAACUAGGAUUCUGUUUCCAUGUGUAAAUGUCAGCCAGAUUGUUGCAGAGGCAUCUUUGCAAGAUGGUUCAAGGAAGAACAUGUUUCAGAUAAAAAUAGUAGGCGAUGUUGGAGCUCACCUGUUGGUAUUUCAUAUAAUUCUGUUAAAGAUCAAGAUUGCGUUGGAAUGCGACUUAAAUAUUGAUUAUAAAGAACUUACAAUGAAAAAUGAAGUUUACACCAUUGGAGGAAUUAAAAACCACAUUGCAUCUUUUCCUACCAACACCAACGCCAACACCUUCUUCAUCAAUUGCUCAUUGGCUUUGUACAUAUAGAAGUGGAAAAUUACUGACUCGCGACAGAAAACUUCGACGCGAAACUUGCUUAAUGUUGUUCGUAAAGUUUUGAACCCCAAACUUGGUUGAUGUUUUUUGUGACUAGGUAUGUAGUUGAAUACAAAUUGUGUGUGUGUGUGUGUGUGUUUUUUUUUUUUUUCAAUUUUCGAUUUGAACUUGGAUUCUCUUUCAACAUUUAAAAGAUUGAUAUCACUUGAAAUAGAUUUAGUGAAUAAAAAUUGUUUGGAUAGGAUGAAGAUGAAAUUACGAGCAGAGAUGUGGACAAACAGGUAGGACUAGGACUAGUCCUAUCCUAUCUGAGCUUGACGUUGAUUGGUUUACUGUAAACGUUGUUGAAAACUUGGAACUUUGCUUAUGUCGUUUUGGUAAGCAUUCACGUGUUCCAUGAGACUGCAUAUCUGCAUAUCUAUCAUUUGGUCCUAUCGUGUCAGAAACAAUGCUCGGAACAUUAAAUGUGAUGAUACAAUUGGUUGAAAUAUUUUUUUUUAAGUAUCCAACCAUUUGUAGUAGAACACUUUUUGUACCGGACUAUAUUCUCGGCGAAAAUUUUCUCCGUGUGGUCCUUCUCAAAUCUAAAGAUCACCUAACCUAAUCAACUAUUAUUUCAAACCUAUCAUGCCCUAUAUUAAUGUCGUUUGAUCUGAUGGAUCUAAUAGGUAAUACUCAUUCUUUUGUGGCUGGCUUUUAAGUGACUGAGCAAAACUCACAAGGCAAAUUUACCUUUGUUUAUUGUCCAUUUAGGAACAUUGAUGCCUACUUUCUGGAAUUUGAAUAUUUCUUAUGGAUGAAUAAUCUUCAAGAGAAAAAUUUUCGUUUGUACACUUCUGCUGUCAGAUAAAUAAUCUUAUCGCGAACAAUAAUGUAAAUCAAAAUUACACGUUAGGAUGUCAUUAUCUCACAAAGGAACAUUAUUCAGCUUGAAAAUAUUCAACUUUUUGUUUGGGCCAAUCAAAUAUUCAACAAUUAAUCAUGCAUCUAAUACCCUAAUUGCCUUUGCCAACACGCAAGGAUAAUUAGGUCCUCCUCCACUUGUGCUGUAAACCCACAUUUGUAAUUAGAUGCUAUGAUAUUAGGGCAUAUUUUUACAUAAACAACAAAAUCAUAGUUGAUAGUAGCUAGCUAGCUUACUGUUUAGCAAUGUGAAUUGGGAAAUCAAAACCAAGGUCACAAUUUUAAACCAAACAUACUUUUGACCAACUGGUUAGAGAUAAUUGGGUCAUGCACGUGGGAAUUCUCUGUGUAAAAUAUGUAUUUUAUAUAGGGUUUUUAUGCCCAAUAGUUUAUGAUAUUAACAUAACUCUUCAUUUUAAUAUUUGAGUUUCAAAAUUGAUCAAUUUGAUCUCUAAAUUUUAGUGCCGCCUAUCAAUGUAGUCAUUCUGUUAGAAUUUUGUCAAUAAUUAU